UCGAAGCCAAAAUGGUUACUUGCGGGCAGGUGUGUGACACCGUACUAGCGGCGGUUUUCGAGUACGAUACAGCCAAGAUAGUGCAUAUAAAAAGCAAGAGGGUUGGAGUUAUUAAUCGCUUGAUACAACUGGUUAUCAUUGUUUACGUUAUAGGAUAUGUGAUUGUUUACAAGAAGGGGUACCAAGAGUCUCAGAAGCCAUACAGUUCAGUGACCACAAAAGUCAAGGGAUUGUCAUUCACAAACUUAACAAACAAGAGCAUGGAACUCUUUCUGUACGGCGGAUUUCAUGUUUGGGACUCAUCUGACUUUGUGAUACCCCCAGAGGAAAAUAAUGUUGUGUUUGUCAUGACAAACAUGAUUAUCUCACCUAACCAAAAUCAGUCCACAUGUCCUGAGGACCCAAACUUUACAGACGUGAGAUGCAAAAGUGACAGUGAUUGCACACCAUUUGAACCAGUCAAAAAUGGCAAUGGCGUCAAGACUGGAAAAUGUGUAGAUGCUGAUAGAAAGCCCUUUGGUAAAGUUUGUGAAAUUUAUGCAUGGUGUCCAGUGGAGAUUGACGAGCUUCCCAUGCCAGGGUACAACUUAAGUAACACUGUUCCACUUCUUGAUGCUGCCAAGGAUUUCACCCUUCUCAUAAAGAACAGUGUACAGUUUCCAAAGUUUAACGAAUCACUGAGAAACAUCAUGACAGAAGAUGAAAGUUACUUGAGGAACUGUAAUUAUGACCCACAAACUGAUCAUCUUUGUCCAAUUUUCAAGCUCGGAAAAAUAGUUGAAUUGGCACAUGUGAACUUUGAAGAUAUUGCUUUCAAGGGUGGGGUCAUUGCCAUAGUCAUAACAUGGAACUGUAAUUUUGACCCUUUGGCAUAUUUCUGUGAACCUAAGUAUUCAUUCAGGAGAUUGGAUGACUCUAAAUCACCAAUUGCACCUGGUUAUAAUUUCAGAUAUGCUAAUUAUUAUGUUCAAGACAAUGUCCUACACAGGACUUUGUUCAAGGCCUAUGGAAUACGCUUCAUGAUCAUGGUGUAUGGAGAGGGAGGAAAGUUUAGUGCAAUUCCACUGUUUCUUAAUUUGGGUUCAGGUCUUGCCCUGCUUGGCAUUGCUACAGUUUUGUGUGACAUUGUAGUGCUGUAUGUGCUGCAGAAGAAGUACUUUUACAGAGAGAAAAAGUAUUUGAUGGUUGAUACUGAUACAGACUCUGAACCUGAAAGUGAACAGCAGCAUUCAAGAGCACGUGAUCUCCACAGUGCUGGUAGCAUGGAUCGUGAUGCACGGCGGUAUAAACGGAUUAAAGAUGACAAGGAGCGUACAGAAACCUCCGGUUUUGUGAGUGCAGAAAGAUGACAUUCCCUCCUUACAAAAGAAACUUUCAUAUCACUGGAGUCACGUGCAUCUAUUAUUCCUGUAUACACUGUCAGUAAUUUAGAUUUCUAUUCAUAUCUUUGGUAACUUGUGAACAUAGUUAAAUCGACACAAGGUUGUUCGAAUUUCUGGGGGAUUCUGGCCAAAUAUUCCACUGUAUAUUUUCUUAACUUUUUGAGCAAGUAACAAAGGAUUUGAAAACACCUAGUCUACUUCCGACCUAAAUACCUGAAUUGUUUGGUUUCCUCAGCACAAUAAAUGCGUUUGUAUUUUUGGAACUUCAAAGUAUUCAAUGUAAAAAACGUGCAGGGAUGUUUAAACUUAUUAGAAAAGAGGAAACUGUAAAACUUUAAGGCCAUGGAAAUUAGAUAUUUGACCACAAAGUGAUUUACACCAGAAUCUCCCUCAGGAAAACAACCAGUAGGUAGGAAAGUAUUAGUUAUUCAUGAGCAAGCCUUAAGAUACCAAUAUUUGCCUCCGUUUGAUGCGAAAAUAUCCACAAUAAUUUGUACGAGACCGUAACCAAUUCUGAGAACCCGUCAAUUUAUCGAGGUUCGGUUAUGUUUAAGGAGAAACAGCAAAUAGAGAUUAUGAAUGAUACCGCUUUUUUGGUAACGGUGAUCAUUUUUCCUAAACAUGAUAAUGCGAGCAUCAUUUUUUCGAGGAUCAUUGCAAGAAUUGAGACGAUCCCAUGCAAUGUAUUCGAGGAGGUAGAAACGUCGGGUUCGUUUAUAUAGUUUUCAAAUAAUACUAAUAAUGAUAAUAGAACUGCGGCUUUAGGUAAAGAGAAUUAGUGUUGUUAGACAAGGUAUGUCGUUAGAGAGAAUGUAUUGUUAAGUAUCUUUCUCCUUCAAUUUUCAGUGAUUGCAAAUUCUGUUUAGACCUGGUAUACGCGACAAUGUCACUGAAUAAGGACACAAAAAUCUUCAUUAUUUCGACGUAAGCAUCUGUUUUCUUACUUUGAUAGUGUAUGGCUGGUCGAAAAUUCUCAGAUUCGGUCAUGUAGGAUGUAAAUAUUGAACAUCAAUUAUAUGUAAAAAUGUAUCCGGAUCAGUAUUAAAUUAGAUCAUUUAUUCUGAUAUAAAGUCAUCCUGACUAAAUCCUCAGCUAAAAUUUAGGUAGAUAAUUUGUAUUUCGAGGUAAUCAUAGUUAAUGAAAAUGUAUAGAAUUUGAAAAUAUUCUAACUAUGUUCUUCCUAGCAUGAAAUAAUGGUAAUAGGUAGGUGGUAUA